UUUGAUCACAGGAGUUUCACACUAAUUCCUCUGCAGCUCGUACCAGCUGAGUUCAGCCUAUCCCUAACUAUCCUUGACAUUCACCAGGACAGCUGCCACUAUGGAUGCAUUCUCCUCCCUUGUGUCCCCCUCCUCCUGCCCCCACACUUACCACUUACCCAGGGACCCCAGCAACUCUACUACCACCGCAGCCUCAAAUAUCAGCCAUGUGAUUCUGCUGCAUUACAACCACACCGGCCGCCUGCAGAACCGGACCAUCUCAAAUGUCCAGAACCAUGUAAGCGUCACCACAGUUAUCUUUCUCUGCAUCAGUAUCUUCAUCAUCUUGGAGAACCUCCUGGUGCUGGUAGCCGUCAUUUCCCGCAUCCGUCACAAGCGCUGGGUUUACGUCUGCAUCGCCAACAUCACACUUAGCGAUCUCCUCACUGGGGCUGCUUAUGUGAUCAACAUCUUUAUGUCCGGCAGCCAGACUUUUCGCCUCACCCCCGCUCUGUGGCUCUUCAGAGAGGGGAUUGUGUUUGUGGCCCUGGCGGCAUCCAUAUUCAGUCUGCUGCUGAUUGCUGUGGAGCGCUACACCACCAUGAUGAAGCCACUGCCUCAGAAGUCCACUAGGAGAUCUUAUUACAGGAUCUAUGGCCUUGUGGUGCUUUGCUGGGGUUUGGCACUGGUGAUCGGCUUCCUCCCUUUGCUGGGCUGGAACUGUGUGUGCAACCUCGAUGGAUGCUCUACCCUCCUCCCCCUUUACUCCAAGAGCUACAUCCUCUUCUCACUCAUCAUCUUCUUCCUCAUCCUCCUGGCUAUCGCCGUGCUGUAUGGACUCAUCUACUGCCACGUACAUAGUAAUGCAAAGCUUGGCCCCCAGCGCAGCCGCAAGCGCUCCCUUGCUCUGCUUAAAACUGUGAUUACCAUUGUGGGGGUCUUUGUAGUCUGCUGGGGGCCGCUGUUCCUGCUCUUACUGGUCGAUUUCUUCUGUGUCUCACGCCACUGCGCACUUCUGUUCAGUGCUGACUUUUGCAUCUCACUGGCUGUCCUAAACUCCGGCCUGAACCCGGUCAUCUACGCCCUGGGCAGCAGUGAGAUGAGGAAGGCCAUUGCUGACCUGCUGUGCUGCUGCAUGCGGUCUGGCCUCUGUCACCCAGACAGCUUCAGAUCCAAGGACACCAGCAGCACCUCAGAGAGCAGGAGGGACAGUCUGAGGAACAGUUUUAACAAAGUCAGAAAUCUGAGCGUGGCCUCCCCACCCUCCACUCCUCGGAAGCAGCGCAGGGCACCUAAAAAAUACAGAUUGAGUUCCACCACCAGCUGCCUGUCAGUUUCAAGUGGUUAAACCACAAUGUGCUCCCCUCCCAAGCAAACAAGACCUGUGUGCACUGAUAAACAUCCAACCGUUUCCUCUCAGUUGUGGUUUGACUGUUCACUGCUCUGCCUGCAGGUAUUAGCACUGAUGAUUACAUGUUGGAAAACCUAUAAAAAGUAUGAAGUUAUCCCCAAAUGUGUGUUUUUUUACACCUUUACCUUAAUGUGUGCUUGUAGCAUGUAAAAUAUUUUGUAUUUGUAAAGAGAUAGAUUAUUUGCAAUGUGUAUUAUAUACAUAACAGUUGGCAUGGAAAUAUAAUAUUUGAAUAAUGGAAAAAUAUAUAUUUUUGUAUCUCAUUGUAUUGUAGCAUUCUAUGUAAACGUGAAACAUUUCACCUUGUGUAAACAUAUAAAUGAAAAUAUAAAUAAAGUUUAUUAUUGGUUUA